CCUCCCAGUUCAAAGAUGGCAGCCAUGGGGCAGAGACGAGCGACGACACAAAUUUAGGAGUUUUUCCAUGAAAUCAAAUUUUGUUGCGGAGCUGUUACCCCCAUUGUUUUGAUACGACAGUGAAUUAAACGGUCACCGCCAAUGCAUCGUUUUAGGAAGACUUUUAAAGGGUUCAGAAAUAUGUUUUCUUGUGGGCUAAGCUAGCAAGCAACGCUUAGCAAAUAAAUGAACUUGUCUCUUCUGCCACACGAGAAGGAAGCAGUUGUUUUUCAUACGGUCUACUGACAUCUUGUAAGCUCAGUUUCAUCAUGGCCAUCUCUCAGUUCCGUCUAUUCAAGAUCUGCACAUGCCUAGCCAGCUUUCUUUCUUUCUUUAAACGAUUAAUAUGCAGGACUGGAAGGGGCCGCAAGCUCAGUGGUGAUCAAAUAACCCUCCCGACAACAGUGGAUUUUUCAUCAUCUGUACCAAAACAGCCAGAGGUUGAAGAAUGGAGCUCUUGGGAUGAAGAGGCUCCUACAAGUAUUAAGAUUGAAGGUGGUAACGGCAGCGUUUCCCCUCCACCCAAUGAUGUCGAUGAAGAGCCUGACUACUUUAAAGACAUGGCUCCCACCAUCAGGAAAACACAGAAGAUUGUGUUGAAGAAAAGGGAGCCUUUGAACUACCUGGUUCCUGAUGGCUCAGCAGGAUUCUCCAGCAGACUGGCAGCCUCUCAGGAUAUGAUGACUUUCAUUCCCCCCUCAGCUGAACUGGGUGAAAUGGACAACUGGCAGGAGGACACAAAUGCCUGGGAGGAUGAGUCUGAUGCUGCCUGGGAGGCAGAGGAGGUGCUCAGACAACAGAAGAUUGCUGAGAGAGAGAAGCGCUUCAUGGAGCAGCAAAGGAAAAAGAUGGAGAAAGAAGCUCAGAGGAUGAUGAAGAAGGAGCAGAAGAUUGCCGUCAAGCUCUCAUAACAUUUUACAGGGGCUCAGUUUUGAGCAACAGGAAUUGGGGGUGGGGGGGCAAAGACACUAGCUCAGUCAUUACUGUCUUUUAAAGUCACCAAACCAACCAGGAUUCUUACCGUACACUACUUACGUGCUAGCGAUUUGUCAUCCUCCUCCUUUUUCCACCAGCAGCCAUUUUAGUGUGUUUUCCAGCGGCAGCAGUGUAACGUGUGUCAGUCUUGAGGGUUGAUAACGCAGCGGGUAUUCUCACUCUUCAUGUGGCAGGGUCAUUUUGGUCUUUAAGGGAGAUUUAAGGGAGAUUGUGGUUAUACCAUCCAAAUCAUUUUUAGGUUAAAGGUUAGAUGCACCUUCAGAUGAUUCUGAUUAAAUCUGUAGGGAAAAGUUCUGUUUUGGAUUUUUUCCAGGAACAUUUGUAAAUAAACCGGUACCUGUGCUACCUGUCGAAACUGACACAGGGAGUACAAUUCCCUUUCUUUAUCUUUUUUAUGACCUCAAAGGACAAAGACGUCUAAUUUAUUUUAUGCAUCACUGAAUACCAGUGACAUCCCUUGAUUUGCUUGAUUAUUGUUUUUUUUUUAUAUUUAUGUCUUUGUCUGACAACUGAUCUGUUCUUUUUUUUUUUUUCCUUUUUUUUUAAAAUGAAUGAUGCUUUUAUAUUUCAAGUUAUCUCCCUGUGCUGUAUAGCCCUUAUUACACUGGAAAUCUGCAUUAAAAUGAACGCUGGAGAUUUUCAAACUGUGUGUGGAUAAAUGAUGGUAGAAUGUAGCCAGACUACAGAUGUUAGCUGUGGGUUCCUAUGGUAAUCUCAUGGCUGCAGAUCUGCCAUUUGCUCUCCUUUGUCAGCCUGUGAGAUUGAAGAAGAAUAUCCAGUGAUCAAUGCCUUUUUUUCCUUUUAUCUUGGGGGAGGGAAUCUUGCCCUUGGCUGUUUAAUAGUUGAUCAACUUGCUGCAGAGACAGUACUUAUAAAACAUGGAUCGGCAUCACAGCGGAAUCUCAGACAGUAAUCUUGGCAAAUAAUGGGGUGAUGGAUAAAUGUUUCCUAGCACAUCAUUUCAAGUAAAUGCUUCUGACUGAGCAUCUUGUUAUGCAUCACUGUAAUGAAAUUCCCAGUCAGUGUUGUCAUGGAAACAUUGGCAGGUGCAGAUACAGUAUGUGUUGGUCCAUGACUUAUGAUAAAUGGUGCAAGGGAAGUCAAAGAACACAUAUCUGGGUUAGUAUUUCUCAGUGAUUCACUGACAAAAGCUGUUAAAAUUUCAAUGAUUAUGAAAAUAAUUAGUGCAUGACUAGAUUUAAGAAUCAAAUCAAAAGCAGGUGUUCAUUUCAAGGGCAUUUAACAAACUGGAAUUAUUUUCUUUGGAAAUGCUCUUUCCUCAUUUUCACUGAGAAAAGCUGCAUGUAAUUUUUUUUUUUUUUUUACAUUUUGCACUUUUUUUUUCCGUCCAGAAGGUAAUCAUUGAAAUCCUGAUUUUGCUCAUACUUAAAAAUGGCUGUGGUUGAGCACAAACUAGGUCUGAUGUGGAGUAAUGUUUCCAGAGUUAGCAAAUUGUAUACCUGCUCUAAUAGUCCUA